GGAAAGCAAAUAAAGAACCGGCGACGAUGUCUGAGAAGGUGAAGCUCAUCGGCUGCUUCGGCAGCACGGCCGUGCACCGCGCCGAGGUAGCCCUGCGGCUCAAGAGUGUCCCCUUAGAGCUUGUCGUAGAAGAUCUCACCAACAAGAGCGACCUCCUGCUCACGCACAACCCCAUCUACAAGACGGUCCCCGUUCUCCUCCACGGCCACCGGCCAGCCGUCUGCGAGUCGCUCAUCAUCGUGGAGUAUGUCGACGAGGCCUUUGAUGGCCCGCCCAUCCUGCCCUCUGAUCCCCUCGACCGCGCCGACGCCCGCUUCUGGGCUCGCUUCCUCGACGACAAGUGCUGGAAGGCUAUGUGGGUGGCGCUCUGGACGGAGCCUGGCGAGACGCAGGCGGCGUGGGCGAGGGAGGCGAAGGAGAACAUGACGCUGCUGGAGAGGCAGCUGCCGGAAGGGAAGAAUUUCUUCGGAGGCGACGCCAUCGGCUUCCUCGACAUCGCCGUCGGCGGGAUCGCACACUUGCUUGGAGUGUUCGAGGAGAUCGCCGGGGUGCGGCUGCUCGCCGAGGAGGACCACCCGGCGCUGUGCCGGUGGGCGAGGGAGUACUUGUCGGAUGAGACCGUGAGGCAGUGCGUUCCAGAUAGAGACAGCGUGCUGGUCGCCUUGGCAGCAAGGAAGGAGCUGUAUGUGUCCACAGCCAAGGCCAUGACUGCAGAGAAGUAG